AUUCUUGAUACUGUAAGCCAUGGUCGAAGUCACCGCCGAAGCAGCCAGCCGCGCAAAUGAGCUGAAGCUGGAAGCGAAUGCGCUCUAUGCAGGCAACAUAUACUCAGCAUCCGCUAUUGUAGACAAGCAUUAUCACGAGGCCAUUGAAAAAUAUUCGCAGGCGAUCGAGCUGGACCCGACUGUGGUCGCAUACUACACGAACCGGGCCCAAUGCUACAUCAAAACCGAGGGCUACGGUGCUGCACGCGACGACGCCAACUCGGCACUGAAGCUCGAUGCAGCAUCGAUUAAGGCUUACUACCGGCGGGCAUCGGCCAACUUUGCCAUGGGCAACCUGCGGGAGGCACGGGCGGACUACCGCGAGGUGACAAGGCGCAUGCCGAACGACAAAGCUGCAAAGCAAAAGUAUGUCGAGUGCGACAAGGUGUACCGCAGGAUCCAGUUCGAGAUGGCCAUCGACAGCUCGGCUGACCGCAAACGGCUGGUUGAUUCGGUCGAUCUAAGCAGCUUCCAGCUGCCUGACAACUAUGAGGGGCCGCGGAUGCCUGUGCGCAAGGUGAUGGUGCCCAAGUCGUCGUUGGACAAGGACGCCAAGCCCAAGAAGGAAGGGGAGGGACAAGAGGGCGGGCAGAAGGAGGAAGAGAUGGUGGAGAUUGACGAGGAGUACGUGGACCUGCAGUUUGUCGAGGCCAUCACCGAAUGGUUCCGCGACCGCAAGACGCUGCCGGUGCGGUACAUGUACGUGCUGGUGCUGCAGGCUGAGAAGCUGUUCCGGCAGCUGCCGAGCCUGGUAGAUGUUGCCAUUCCGGAGGGCUCGGAGAUCACAGUGUGCGGCGACGUGCAUGGGCAGUACUAUGAUGUGCUAAACAUCUUCAAGCUCAACGGUCCCCCGACGCCGACGCACAUGUACCUGUUCAAUGGCGACUUUGUGGACCGUGGGUCGUUCUCGGUCGAAGUCAUCAUGCUGUUCAUGUCGUACAAGCUGCUGUAUCCGAACACGUUCUUCCUGAACCGCGGUAACCACGAGUCGAUUGACAUGAAUCAGCUGUACGGGUUCGAGGGCGAAGUCAAGCACAAGUACCCGGUGCACGGCAAGCGCCUGUUUGGGCUGUUCCAGGAGACCUUCGAGGCCAUGCCCAUUGCGCACCUGAUCCAGGAAAAGGUGUUUGUGGUCCACGGCGGCCUGUACUCGCGCGAGACAGCCCGCAACUCGGCACAGGCCGACGGCGACGGCGUGGUGCGGCUCCAGGAGCUGCGCGAGCUGGACCGGUUCCACCAGCCCAAGAACAGCGGGCUGCUGUGCGAGUCGCUGUGGUCUGACCCGCAGAAGGAGACUGGCCGCCGGCCCAACCCGCGCGGCGUUGCGAUCAAGUACGGGCCCGACGUUACCAAUGCGUUCUGCGAGACCAACAACAUCAGCAUGGUGAUCCGCAGCCACGAGCAGAUGGACGAGGGCUACGAGAUUGCCCACGACGGCAAGAUGGUGACCGUGUUCUCGGCGCCCAACUACUGCGACUCUUCAACGCCGUGCCGCACCCGCCCGUUCAAGGCCAUGGCGUAUGCCAAUGCGAACCGCUUCAUGUAA